AUGCAUUCAGGUUUUACCCUUGUUAAUUUCAGGGAUGAAGCUACACGGGAUCUGAUUUUGGAAAUGGGAGUUAUACAUUUUGAUAAAAAACCGGUGGUUCUUCGUCCUUGGACACCGGAUAUGGACUCUAUGAGAAUGGUCAAGUCGGUACCGGUUUGGAUUAGGCUGAAUGGUUUGGGUUUACAAUACUGGGGAACCAAUUGUCUCAGUGCUAUGGUGAGCAUAAUCGGGAGGCCGGUUAUGGUGGAUAAAGUGACGCAAAGUAGAUCGAUGGUGAAAUAUGCGAGGAUAUUGGUGGAUAUGGAGAUUACUGAUCAUCCUCCGAAAACUAUUUCUUUUAUUAAUGAAAGGGAUCAAAUAACUGAACAAUUGGUGGAGUAUGAAUGGCUUCCCUCUAAGUGUGCUGCAUGCUCGAAUUUAGGACAUGUUAUGGCUAAUUGUAACAAGAAUACUGGUUUGAGUUGGAGGAAGAAACCUACUACUGAGAAAGGUGCUAGUACAGACAAGAACAUAAUCAAUGCAGAGGAGGAGAUUCAACAACCCUCUGAGCAUGUUAGUCCUGAUCCCAGAGCGUGUAAUGCUUCUAAUAUUGGAAAGGAAGAGAGGGCCAGUAGUUCUCUAGAGCAAAAUGUUUCAAAGGGUAGUAGUGAUGUUCAGGAUAACUCAAUAGUUACUCAGCAAGCUGGAAAAGGGAAUUCUGAGGUUGCAGGAAGCUGGAUUACUCCCAAAAGGAGAGGUGCUAGACAAGGGGUGGCAAAUGCUCACAAGUCUGAUUUAGCUCAAGGCAAGGCUAUUUCGGGCAAUGGAUAUGCUGUGCUACAAGAUUCAGGGAUUGGUCAUUUGGUUACUAAUUCUAUCCCAAUUAAGUGA